AUAGGCCUGUUCCAACUUUCUAAGAUGGGAACGGUACCCCAUCUUAUUCUUUUAAAAAAAUAGUUUUUUUUGCGUUUGAUUGAGAGGAUGAGAACGAUCUUGCUCCGCAUUUGUUUAGGAGGAAGGAGAUUGAUGGAAUUCGCCACCAUUUGAUAUCCGGGACGUGAGACCUGCAUGUUAUUAUCCUUACUCUCGCCUUUCUUCCUUUCCCACGUUUGUCCGGCUUCACCCGUACGCACAAAACCAUCUCCAUACGUUGGACCUUUAAUCCAAUAAUCUUCGUGAGAAAGCAGAGCAACAAGAGGGGUACUUGAAGCGGGUGUACCGGAGUUCAUCGUCGUAGUCGCAGUCCACCGCCUUGUCCAUCUUCACGUCGACGCCUUCUCCUCCUCACGUCACGUCUCGGCCAGGUGAUCCCGCGCGAGUGGAAACAGGACGCGAGGAGCGGAGUAGCGGACUGCCUUCAGACGCUGGGGGUGCCGAAGCCUGAGACGAUGGGUGGUGGGUGGUCUGCGCCCCUUCGCGGCUCGGGCGCACGGAGUGGGAGAGGAGCGUGGGAUGCCGGUGGAGGCGGCCGCCGCGGCGCGGUUCCAACUUCGGCUGCGUCCACUGCGGGUAGCAACUAAAAGGCAACAACACCAUCGCUCCUUUCUCUGCCAAACCUAGCCCGGCAACUUUUCCGACCGAGGCGUAAUUUCGCGCCCUCCUCUCCCCCGGGCUGCAAGCCCGCCGCAGCCACCGCCGCUCUCAGAAGUCACUGCAAGUCUUCUUCACCUCCUUAUGCCCUCCCGCUCCCCUCCCAUUGCCCGUCUCCUGCAUCUACGCCGCCUGUCCAAGUCCGCUCGACAUUACCUACUUCGCUUCGCCGCCAUCGCGAAGGAACACUCCGACCAGCCCCCGCCCCCGCCUCUCCCGUCGCGACCACGGUCCCCGCACCCCUACGACUACAACCGUCUCAUGUCCGCGCUCGCCGCUUCAGUCGACGGUGACGGUCACCACCCAGGCGCCGGUGCCGAGCGGGCCCUCCACCUGCUCGACGAAAUGCGGAGCCUCAUGGGGCGCCGCCCCGAUGCCGCCUGCUUCACCACGGCCGCCGCGGCGUUCUCAUCGGCGUCUCAGCCGGGAGCCGCGCUCGCCGUGCUAAACGCCAUGGCCACCGAUGGCGUCAUGCCCGACGCUGCUGCUUGCACUGUGCUCGUCGGGGUGUACGCCUGCCGCCUGCAUUGGUUCGACGCGGCCUAUGAGGUCGUCAGGUGGAUGACGGCGAACGGCGUGGCCCUGGACGUAGUCACCUACUCGACGCUGAUAUCUGGGCUGUGCAGCGCCGGGCGGGUGGCUGAGGCGCUUGGCGUGCUGGACCUGAUGCUGGAGGAAGGGUGCCAGCCCAAUGCUCACACAUAUACGCCCAUCCUGCACGCCUACUGCACGAGCGGGAUGAUACAUGAGGCCAAGGAACUCUUGGAAACGAUGAUUGCAGCUGGUUUUGCACCGAGCACAGCCACUUACAAUGUCCUGGUUGAAGCUCUAUGCAAGGCUUGUGCUUUCAAUGAAGUAGAUGCGCUUCUUGAGGAGAGCAGUGCAAAAGGGUGGACACCGGAUACAAUCACAUACAGUACUUACAUGGAUGGACUAUGCAAAGAUGGCAGAGUACAUAAGAGCUUUGCAUUGGUAGAUAAGAUGUUGUCUGUUGGUCUGCGGCCCAAUGAGAUUACUCUGAAUAUCCUCCUUGAUGGGGUUUGCCGCAGGUCAACUGCUUGGGCUGCCAAGUGCCUGUUGGAGUGCAGUGCAGAGAUUGGAUGGCAUGUCAAUGUUGUCAACUACAACACUGUGAUGAGGAGGCUUUGCGAUGAGCGGAGAUGGUUGUCUGUUGUCAAGCUCUUUGUCGAUAUAGUCAAGAAGGGAAUUGCUCCAAAUAGCUGGACUUUAAGCAUUGUGAUCCACAGUCUCUGUAAACUUGGGAGGCUUCAUGAAGCACUUUGCUUGAUUGGAAGUGAAGAGUUUGUCGCUGAUGUUGUGACAUACAAUACUUUGAUCCGUUAUCUCAACUUCCUGGGGAAAGCUUAUGAGGCCUAUCUACUGCUUCAUCACAUGAUCGAGAAAGGUAUUGCUCCCAAUGACACCACCUACAGUCUUUUGAUUGACUGUCUCUGUAAAGAGGGGAAAUUCUUGGUUGCACUUGGCUGUUUGAACCGAUGUAUGGAAGGUGGGCUCUCUAAAGCUGUAGUAUCAAGUAUUUUACGAGGUCUCAUCGCUGGUGGUAAGCUUCGUGAAUUGCAAGCACUAAUCGGAUGGAUUCUUGGACAAGGUUUCGUAUUAGAUGUGUAUAUAUACCAGGAAUUAAUCAUUUCUUUUUGUAAGAAAGGAUACUGUCGAGGUCUUGAAAUGUACAUAGUGUGUCAUAUAUUGGAAAGAAUGAUCAGGCUGAGAUGAUUUUUGACUAUCGAGGAAGAGUGAUCGGCUG